CAUUACUUUUCUCUAUGAUUGAAUUCUACAAAAUGUUUUACUGAUCCAAAGUAAAUCGUUUCUGAAUUUUGAGUUGAAGAAGAGAAAAAUAUUAAACUACAAUUUGUCACAUAUAAAAAUCGUGAAAUAAUGCAAAACUAAACAUGGCGAAAAUGAUAAAAUUCUUAGUCGCCGGUUUGGUGAGGUACUGGUUGAUUCACUUAGAUUAUUGGCAAACAAUAGCUAAUAGAGUUGAAAUUGCCACUCCUUUGAACUCCUGGAAGAGAUUAGUUGAAGGUGUAUUCCUAUACGACCAAGGUAUCAACCCCUACGCUGGAGAUGCGUUUCACGAGUCGCCGUUGAUGUUGAUAUUCUUCCACUUUCUAAUGAAGAGAUGUCCAUUCUUAUUGCCACUCAUCUUCACAAUAUUGGAUCUGCUAACAGCAUAUCUUCUGUACAAAACAUCUAAAUCUUUCAUAAGAAUAUUCAAGAUGUCUCAAGAGAAACAUUUGAGCGACACGGCCGAUGAUUCAAAGACAAUGCUUCUAAAUGAUGCUCAGUUGGAUGAAGCGCCUGAGUAUGUGCUGUCUGUCUACCUUUUCAAUCCAUAUUCAGUAUUGAACUGUGCUGCGAUGACUACAACUGUAAUACAGAAUUUGUUGGUGGCGACAUCUUUAUGGGGCGCUUCAAGUGGUUACCGAGUGUUGGCAUGUGUGUUUAUUGCCCUGGCUACACACCAAGCUUUGUACCCAGUACUUCUGAUAGUACCCAUUUCUAUAUUGUUGGCGGAUGUAAACAAUGGCUGCAACAAGUGUUCAUACAUUAGAACACUGUUGGUAUUUGUUAUCUGCUGGGGAUUCCUCAUCUACAUAUCAGCAUACAUAAUGAAUGGAUCUUAUGACUAUGUCUACAAUACAUAUGGAUUCAUACUCACAGUGCCAGACCUGAAACCGAACAUUGGGCUCUUUUGGUACUUCUUCACAGAGAUGUUCGAGCACUUUAGGCUGUUAUUUGUUUGUGCAUUUCAAAUCAAUGCAUUGGCCCUCUAUGUGGUUCCUCUCACAUUGCGGUUUAAGAAGGAACCUGUACUUUUGGCUACUGUGCUAAUAGCACUGUCAACUAUAUUCAGAUCUUAUCCCUGUAUCGGCGAUGUUGGAUUUUACUUGGCUCUGUUGCCAAUGUGGAAGCAUCUUUUUACAUUUAUGCAACAAAAGUUCAUAGUGGGAUGUGCGUUCAUUAUCACGUCAGCCUUGGGACCAACAGUGUGGCAUCUUUGGAUAUACUCCGGCUCUGCCAACGCCAACUUCUUCUUCGGAGUGACUCUAUCCUUUGCUACAGCACAGAUAUUCUUGAUAACUGAUUUGCUAUUUGCAUACAUUAAGCGAGAAUUUACUCUCAAACAUGGCUCUUCUAGGCAAGUUGAUGGAAAACCAGCAAAAUUAGUUUUACAAUAAAUCUACAAAUUAAGCUUGAUUUCUGGCAUUUACUAAAGAACAAAUGUGUAUUGAUUAUAAUUAUCUACUAUUUAUUUUAUAAUUACAAUGUAAUAAUAGUAAAGAACAAUAGACUAGAUAAUAAUAUGUAUAAUGAAAUGUUAAUGUUAUCAAUACAUAUAAAUAGUUAUUUGUAUUCUGAAUGUCAUAAAAUAAACUUCAAUUUUAAUUGGUAACUUUCAAUAAUUAUUGUUCUUGAUUCCAGAUUGUAUAUUAUAAAUAUUAUGUAUUAAGUAGAUGCAGGUUUGUUAAAUAAUAACUUUUAAUAUUUCUAAUAUCAACAUCACUAUUGUUAUCAUGGUAUUUAUUUUAUUAUAAGAUUAUUUUAGAUUACCAUCAAAGACUGUUAUAUAAUAUAGAAUUGUAAUUUAGCAAGUUUGGUUGAAGUCUUACUGGUUGACUGGUUGUUUCAAUUCCUGCUUUGAGAUAUAGAUGUAAUAUUACACUGGUAUUACAUAAUUAUACAUCUUGUUUGGUUACAUAAUUUCAUUCAUUCCAUAAUUCCAGAUUGUAAUGGCAAAUUAUUAUAAUGUAAUAUAAUUUUUGUAAAUGUAGUGAAUGGCCAAGAUGCUAUAAAAUAUUGCUUAGACUACAUUUAUGAAAGAAUUUAUUAGUCUGUAUUUAAACUUUAUUUUUUACAACUUACAUAUUUUUCUACUUCAUUAGAGGCAAGUUCUAAUCUAGGUAAACACAUAUAAUCUUUUUAACAAAGAUGUAGUUGAAUGAUAAUUUUGAUAAACCGUCAUACAAAAUUAUCUAGCACCUAUCUAGAAUUCUUAUCUAGAAUAGCUUUAAAGACAAAAUUAAGGUUUCACAUAUGUGUUGUCAUGAAAUAAACGAUUUUUGUUUA